ACGAGUACAUGGCAUUAGAAAAUUAAAGCUGCAGCUAGCUGCAUUAUACGUGCUCGAGGGAAUCAAAAGUUGAGCCUCUCCCAUCUCAAUCAAAUCUAUAGGGGAGUAGCUCUUGCUCUUGGCUUCGCUCGCUAACAAUCAGUGAACUGAACACCUUCCGCCUCCCGGUCUCCUCCCUGCCCGGUGCUGAAGAACCCUGCCAUCCCCGGAACUGGAUCGAUCUGCCGCCAACUCUGAAAAUCCAUCCGAUCCAUCUCUGUCGUCCAAGUCUACUCCCCGAUGGACAUUAUUUACCAGGACAGCAGUUGUCUUGCCCUAGAGCAGGCGCUACAUGAUGAAGGCGUGGGACCAAUCGACCUACCUUUCAUGCUUCUCAGGGCCAUCACAAAAGAUUUCUCUGAUACUCAACUAAUUGGCAGGGGUGGGUUCGGAGAGGUUUACAAGUUUAAAAAUGAACUAGCGAGCGACAAAUAUUCGAGUACAGAGCAGUACUAUGUUAGCUAGCAAUUAUAAGAUGUUGUCAACAGGGAGUGCUUCCAAAUGGGAUGGUCGUCGCCGUGAAGAAGCUUCUUGACAAGAUCGAUGUCCUAGAGGCGAAUUUCCAAAGCGAGGUUGCUUGUCUCAUAGAGGUCAAGCACAGGAACAUAGUCCGAUGUCUAGGGUACUCAUCCGAGACGCAACAUGUGAGGGCACCCUACGAAGGAAGAUUUGUCUGGGCAGACCUGCGCCAAAGGUUGUUUUGCUUCGAAUACCUAAGCAAAGGGAGCCUUGCCGAUUAUCUGACCGGGGCAUCUUUUGCACUUCAGUGGAGUGUGCGCUACCAAAUAAUCAAGGGGAUUUGUGAGGGUGUGGGUUAUCUUCACCAGCACAAUAUUAUUCACAUGGACCUCAAACCUCAAAAUAUACUUCUUGACGAUAACAUGGUGCCAAAAAUCGCGGAUUUUGGUCUGUCCAGGCGCUUAAGUGAAAAUCAGAGCAGGAUCAUUACUAAAACAAUAAUUGGGACGCCGGGGUAUUUGGCACCUGAAUUUCUGAGCAGCAAUGCAAUCACAUUCAAGGCGGACAUAUACAGUCUAGGUGUUAUAAUCACUGAGAUUCUGACGGGGCAUAAGGAAUGCACCAGUGUUGACAAGGUGCUUGAAAGCUGGACGGACAUGUUUCAGACAUUAGGAAGCCAUCCGCUACUAGAACAAGUAGAAGUAUGCGCUGAGAUAGCGAUAAAUUGCAUGAACGAUGACCCGAGCAACAGGCCUACCAUACAGGAUAUUAUCUCCAGUAUCGAUGAAACGGACGCUCGAAGUGUCACAAGUUCUUCACCAGGAGGGCAGGUUAUUACCAUGGCCGGCAGCGAAAGCAGCAGCAGUAGGAGCAGGUCGCCAUGCGCGUCGUGCAGGAUGCUGCGCCAGCAGUGCACACAGGAGUGCGUGUUCGCGCCCUACUUCCCCGCCGAGGAACCUCACAAGUUCGCCAUCGUCCACAAGGUUUUCGGUGGCAGCAAUGUCUUCAAGUUACUGCAGGAGCUGCCUGCCCACCAGAGAGGGGAUGCGGUGAGCAGUAUGGUUUAUGAGGCCAACGUUCGCACCAGGGACCCUGUCUAUGGCUGCGUGGGCGCCAUCUCCGUGCUCCAGCAACAGAUCUCCCAGCUCCAGAUGCAGUUCUCCAUGGCCCGUGCUGAGAUCUUAACAUUGCAGCAACAGAUGGAUGUCAAUGAUAGCCUACCCAGUCAAAAUAGCUUUGACAGAUAUGGCAAUGGUGAUCUGAAACCUGACUCCCCGCCCGAAAUUCUUUCAUCGGAGGAUGAGGUUGAGGAAGUUUCUUCCCCAAUGUCUCCAUAGAGAUUUGGAUUUUUCCAUUAUAAAGAAUAGGCUUCACAAAAUUGCCACUGGUCUCGCAUUUCAUAGACUCAGAUAGUCAGAUGGACCCAUCGUUCAUAAACUAAGUGACAAUUAUAAUCAAAGAGAUGAUCUUUCGAGUGGCAAAAAUCCUAAUUUCUCGUGUCCCUGUGGGGAUCCAUUAAACUUA